AUGUCUUAUGCAGGUUUUUCUAAGAGUAUAGCAGGCGUAGGAUCGUGGAGUGCAGCUUCCCUACCAACGGAGGAGCCUGCCGUACAUGGUGCUUUAGAACCUACCGACACCCCAUCGAUGAUCAUGGCUUCUGAGGAGGAGCCUACGAAGGACAAUGAUGACACCGAGAUUGAUUAUAUUCCAGCUAAGCACUUGUCCGAUCCUGACUAUACACCAGCUAACCACUCCUGCCCGGACCCUUCUAGCUCGUUCAUUCACCAGACUACACACCAGCUGGACUUGAGCUUCUUAGCUCAGAUUACGAGUCGGGCGAGAACGAGGAGGAUAUUUCUACCUCGUUGGAGAUCUCACCACCCCUCCCCACUCCUUCACAUCGCUUUCAGAGCUCACACUACUAGCACUCGGACCGCCCAUCACUCAGAUCGCAUAGGAUUGAUGGACUCCGAGCUCAUUCUUUUGAGGAUGAACCUGAGGCAAGUAGCAGAGCGGGUAUAA